AGAACAAUGACUCGUCAAGUCCUGCUGUUUAUUUCUGUCCUCUGGCAUAGUUUGGUGCACGCUCAGGUCAGUUAUUCCAUUCCCGAGGAAAUGCCCAAAGGCUCCUUAGUCGGUGAUAUCGUGCAAGAUUUGGGUUUAGAUUUAAAGAGGCUGAAAUCGGGUAAAGCCCGUAUUUAUACUGGCAAUAGUCCUGAGUACGUUGAGCUAAAUAAGGAAAGGGGAGUCCUUCUUGUCAAAGAGAGAAUGGAUAGAGAGGCGCUAUGCGGUCGAACGACGCCCUGUGCUCUACAUUUUCAAAUUACGCUCGAAAAUCCAAUGCAGUUCUACCGCGUUACGGUAGAAAUAACUGAUGUAAAUGAUAAUGCACCGUUGUUCACGAAAGAUGAGAUGAAAUUUGAAAUAAACGAGCUGGCACAGCCUGGUGCUAGAUUUGUGUUAGAAAGAGCAAAUGACGAGGAUGUCGGUGCUAACGGUCUGCAGGACUAUUCCCUUAAACCUAGUGAUAACUUCAUUUUGAAACUGCACAAUCAAAAUGACGGCGUUGAAGGUUUAGAAAUGGUUUUACAAAAGCCCUUAGAUCGUGAAAAGGAGGAAUAUAUAACUUUACUAUUAACAGCAGUAGAUGGGGGUGACCCGCAGAUGUCUGGCACAAUACAAAUACAGAUAACGGUUUUAGAUGCUAAUGAUAAUGCGCCUGUUUGCAGUGAGCCCGUAUAUAAGACAAGUGUUGUAGAAAAUUCCCCAAAAGGCACGGUUUUGACCACAGUCACAGCUUCUGAUGCUGAUCAAGGUUCAAACAGCAAAAUAACGUAUUCUAUACCAUAUACAGUAGAUGGGACCAAAGAGCUUUUUGAAAUAGACUCUGAAAACGGUGAGCUGACGUUGAUUGGAAAAACUGACUAUGAGUUAAUCAAACAUUAUCAGAUUGAUGUUCAAGCAAGAGACAGUGGAGGUCAUACAGACUCAUGUAAAGUCAUCGUUGACGUACUCGACAGGAAUGAUAACAGCCCAACAAUUAACAUAAUUUCAAAAUCUAGUCAAAUAUCUGAAGAUUCAAAAUCAGGCACUGUAGUUGCUAUAAUGAAUGUUCAAGAUCUGGACUCAAAUGCCAAUGGACAAGUGAAAUGCAGUUUAGAUGAAAAUGCACCUUUUAUUAUUCAGUCGUCAUCUGAUGGAUUUUAUACCCUCGUUACGGACUGGAACUUAGACAGAGAGAGAGAAAGUGAGUAUAGUAUCACUGUUACAUGCACUGAUGAGGGAAUACCCUCUCUCUCAAGCAGUGUCGCUAUAACCUUGCAGAUAUCAGAUGUCAAUGACAACCCGCCUGUCUUUGACAAGAGCUCAUAUGAAGCCUUUAUUCAGGAAAACAACACACCGGGCCUCUCCAUAGCCACAUUAAAAGCUAGAGACGCAGACUGGAACCAGAAUGCCCGCAUUUCUUACAUACUGGAGGACUCCAUGGUUAACGGAGUGCAUGUAUCCUCCUACGUGUCCGUUAAUGCAGAUAGUGGCGUCAUCCAUGCAGUGCGCUCUUUUGACUACGAGCAGAUCAAAGACUUUCAAUUCCGGGUAAAAGCGCAAGAUGGAGGCUCCCCUCCCCUGAGUAGUAAUGUGAGCGUGAAAAUAAUGAUUCAGGAUCAGAACGACAACGCACCUCAGAUUCUGUAUCCAGUGCAGACUGGUGGUACUGUUGUGGCUGAAAUGGUGCCACGUUCCGCAGAUGUUGGCUAUCUCGUCACUAAAGUGGUGGCUGUUGAUGUGGACUCUGGACAGAAUGCCUGGCUCUCGUAUAAACUGCUAAAAAUAACAGAGAGAGCGCUGUUUGAAGUGGGUCUACAGAAUGGAGAAAUAAGAACUAUUCGCCAAGUCACUGAUAAAGAUGCUGUGAAACAAAGGCUUACUGUUGUGGUGGAGGACAAUGGCAAGCCCUCUCGUUCAGCUACAGUCAAUGUUAACGUGGUGGUAGCUGACAGUUUCCCCGAAGUACUCUCGGAGUUCACAGACUUUACGCAUGACAAGGAAUAUAACGACAACCUGACUUUUUACCUCGUCUUGGCCUUGGCUGUAGUUUCCUUCCUCUUCAUCGCAUCCAUCGUAGUCAUAUUCUCAGUCAAGUGCCACAGAUGGAGACGAGAUCGGAUGUUUUGCAAACACGGGACCAAUCUUCCAGUUAUCCCAUAUUAUCCGCCGCUUUACGCAGAUGUAGGGGGUACUGGAACUCUCCAACACGUGUACAAUUAUGAAGUUUGUAGAACAACUGACACAAGACAGAACCAUCUGGAAAAUGUCAAACCUUGCAGUCAAAGCAUCAUUAGUCUGGAUAGCUGUGGCGCACAGACACUCCCACAUGCGAACAAGGAUAAACUGUCAAAUGACGAUUCUUUUUUUGAGGUGAGUUUCAGUCUAUGUAUUGUUAUGACUUUUUGA